GAGAAAAUUCGUUGGAGGCGUGAGUGGAGAUCUGCACUUGUAGUAAAGGGACUGGGUAGGCGGGUAGCGUUCCUUCCCCUUUCCCAUAAGUUGGAUAGCUUAUGGGGGAAGCACGGUGAGCUCCAGAUCUCAUAUAUGAAAAAUGGGUGUUUCCUGGUGCGAUUCCGACACCAAGAUGAUUAUGAGUUUGCGAUGAACGGGGGUCCAUGGCUUCUAGGUGAGACCUAUCUCACGGUCACACGUUGGUACAAAGGUUUUAACCCCUGGAGGUCGGAGACAACUUCAGCGAUGGUCUGGGCGCAGCUCCCCGACCUUCCUAUUGAGUUCAUUAUCAAAGAAGCGGUCAUGAAGAUCGCAUCAUAUAUCGGGAAGCCUAUUCGGGUGGACAGGGCGACUGAAUUUGGAGAACGUGGGAAAUAUGCCCGGGUUUGUGUCGAGGUGGACUUUACUAAGCCUCUACUGUCUCGAUUCAAGAUCGAAGGAGAAGAAUACCUCAUCCAAUAUGAAGGCUUGGAAAACAUGUGUACUGACUACGGGAUAUAUGGCAAACCUACCCAACAGUGUGGCUGUUAG